AUGAAACCCUUUGCCUGUAUUUUGGUUAUCCUGGCUGCUGUCCUAUCCGUGGGACAGGCCUCUCUUGGCGGCUUACUCGGCGGUGGCGGCGGCGGCGGCGGUGGCGGUGGCGCUGGAGGAAUCGGCCAAUUGUUGCAAAGCAAAUUGGGUGGACUUGGCGGAGGAUUGAGCGGUGGAUUAGGCGGAUUGGGCGGUGGAUUGGGAGGAGGAUUGGGUGGCAAACUCGGAGGCGGCGGUGGUGGUGGCGGCGGCGGUGGCGGUGGAAGCUAUGGUGGUGGCUACUCUGGUGGUUCAAGCUACGGCGGUGGUUACUCUGGUGGUUCAAGCUACGGCGGCGGAUACUCAGCACCAGCCCCUGCUCCAGCACCCGUUGAAAAAGUUAUCAUUGUCAAAGUCAUCAAUGAAGGUCACUCUUCGGGAGGCGGUGGUUACUCCUCCGGCGGUGGCUACUCCAAUGGCGGUGGUUACUCCUCCGGCGGUGGUUACUCCUCAGGCGGUGGUUACUCCUCGGGUGGUUACUCCUCCGGCGGUGGCUACUCCUCAGGCGGUGGCUGGAAAAAAGGCUGGUAA